AUGGCCGAAUUCAUACUGCCCGCCGCCCAAGGCUUUGCGGUUGUGGGAGCGUCAUUCGUAUCUGGCUACAUCUGGUGCUUUAGUCAAGCAGGUGUCUUGACGCUUCGCCAAGCACCUGCGGACGUCGGCGUACGGCAGUUCAAGACCAUGUACAAUAAAGGCAAAUCGACCUCUCCACUGAUUGUUGUUGCGGCGACACUAUGCAACGCCUAUUCAGCAUAUCGAUCGUCUGGAAGCAGUGUUGAGCUUGUUGGAGGAGUKGUGUCGCCUUUUGCGCUGUACGUGACCGCAGCGGUGUGUCUACCGGCCAUUAUUCCCUUCACUUUGUUGGUUAUGGAGCCGGGUGUCAACAGGGAGUUGAUCCGCUUGGGGACUUUGUCGGAGAAAGGGAUGGAGCUGAACCGGAUCAAACUCAUGGAGCAUGAUAUCCAGGCCAUGCUCGUGUCUUGGAAAGGGUUGAACUAUGUCAGGGCAGCGUUAGUUGGUGCCGGAGCUUUGAUCUCUGGUUUGGCUACAUGGCAUCUUAGCACGAUCUAG